AAUUUACAAAACUUGAAUCCCACGCUAAGGCACGAACGCAAGAAUCCACUCACCUCCUGAACCUCAAUGGCGGCGCUCCUCCGUCUCCUCUCCUCCUUUUUCUCAGUAUACGCUUUUCUCUGUCUCCCGGCAGCGUUAGCAGCAUCCCCCUCACCGGCCUUCUCCACUGGGCUCGAAAUACUCCAGAAGCAAUUAGGGUACCAGUUCAAGUCAGUGGAUCUGCUGCGUCAAGCGAUGACUCACCCCUCCUAUUCCCUCGAAAACAACCACGCCCUCAGCUUGCUUGGCCUGAACGCCAUGGAAUCUGCCGCCGCGCUCAGCCUCGUCAGCGAAGACCCAAAUGCAUCCGCGGAAGCUGUCAACGCCAGGAUCGCCAAAAUUUCCGGCUUCGAUGACUGUGUGUCGGCUGGUAAACGGCUUGCGAUUGAGAAUCUGGUGCGCGUGUCUAAGAAGACCAGUACCUCGUCGCCGAAUGUCAUCUGCGGUGCCUAUAGGGCGAUCUACGGUGCUAUUGCCGUCGACGCCGGUGGACUGGAUGCUGCUUCUAAGGCGCUGUGGAGUGUUCUUGACGGAGGAAUCCGCGCAUUCUAGCUCGACAGUCGACGACGAAGGUAUCUAAGUAUAGCUUUCCUGCGUUUCUUCAGAGGUGUUUGGUUUUGUUUCAUGUGGCUGUCAAUGUCACCAGUAUGUUAGGUUAAAUAUCAGUGUGUUUGUAAUACAUUAUGUAUUUUGUGAUAUUAGUAUAUUAAAA